CACCGCCGGGCCGGCAGGGGGAGCCCCGCGCAGCCGCCACUAUCCGGAAAGAACCGAGCGGCGGCGGAGGCGGCCGAGCCGGGGCUGGCGGCGCGGGCGGAGCGGCCGCGAUGGCGCAGCUGGUCGAGCAGCUGCGGGCGGACGGCGUGGACAAGGAGGUGCUGCGGGAAGGCACCGGGCCGCUGCCAGACUUCCGCGACGGCACCAAGGCCACUUUCCACUACCGGACGCUGCGGUGCGGCGAUGAGGAGACGCCGGUGGACGACAGCAGGGCGCGGGGGAAGCCCAUGGAGCUCAUCGCCGGGAAAAAGUUCAAGCUGCCGGUGUGGGAAGCGGUGCUGCGAACCAUGCGGCCCGGCGAGCGCGCGCGCUUCCGCUGCGACGCCAAGCACGUGGUGCUCUACCCGCUAGUGUCCAAGAGCCUGCGGAACAUCGCAGCAGGGAAGGACCCGCUGGAGGGGCAGCGGCACUGCUGCAGCAUCGCCCAGAUGCAUGAGCACUACUCCCUGGGGUACCCCGACCUCGACGAGCUCCAGAAGAACCCCCAGCCCCUCAUCUUUGACAUCGAGGUGCUGAAGGUGGAGCCACCCGGCUCCUACCAGCAGGACCCAUGGGCCAUGACAGAUGAGGAGAAGCUCCAGGCUGUGCCCCAGAUCCACAAGGAAGGCAACGAGCUGUACCGGCAGGGCAAGGUGCCUGAGGCAGCUGCCAAAUACUACGAUGCCAUCGCCUGUCUCAAGAACCUGCAGAUGAAGGAACAGCCAGGCUCUCCCGACUGGAUCGAGCUUGACCAGAAGAUCACACCCCUGCUCUUAAACUACUGCCAGUGCAAGCUGCAGUGUGAGGAGUACUACGAGGUGCUGGACCACUGCUCCUCCAUCCUCAACAAGUACGAGGACAAUGUCAAGGCCUACUUCAAGCGGGGCAAGGCCCACGCGGCCGUGUGGAACGUGGCCGAGGCGCAGGCUGACUUCGCCAAAGUCCUGGCGCUCGACCCCUCGCUGCGGCCCGUGGUCUCCAAGGAGCUGCGGAGCCUGGAAGCGCGGCUGCGGGAGAAGGACGCCGAGGACAAGAUCCGCUUCAAGGGCAUCUUCUCCCAGUAGAGUCCGUGGCUGCAAGGGAGAGCCCAGUGCUCUCGGGACAGGUUCUUUUAGAUAUUCCACAUGUGGAAUGGUCAUGGAUGUUUAUUAAUGUUUAAUACAGAUUUUACUUAUUUGAAGUCAGUGGAAAUGGCCCCGGAGCUCGCCACGGCCUGGGGACACAGCCAGGGCUCAUCAUCACGCCAGGGAUACGUGGGUGACAAGAGCCUGCUGCUUCCUGCCAACUUUUAUCACUUAUUUGAUGUUUUUAUACUUUUUGGUGGCCAUGGAGGGGUGGCACUGAGCCUCGGCCCCAGCUCCAACUUCGUGCCUGUUCUCCGUGCCACGCCAUUGUCACUUAUCCAGGCUGCUGCUAUCAUCCCAAACCAGUGUCUCCUCUUGUCAUGUCAGUGUCGGGAAUAUUUUAUAUAGAGUAACAGCUUGUUCUUGCUCUCUCUAUAAAUAUCUGAUCAUGCUAUGCCAAGAUAAACUCAAGUAAAACCAGUCACACCCCCCUGGUCACUACAAAAA